UGUGAUUGGUUAAAAGCUUCUUUUCAAAAAUAAUAUUUUGUCACAAAAUCUAAAAAAUCUCCUACGUCACGUUUAUGGUAAAUGCGGGUGACGUUUUGUUAACGCGCAACGAAACUUGACUGUCCUGAACGUUUGAUACCUCGCUAUUACAAAGACUAUGCCGCCAAAGGAGAAUUGGGAAAAGUGUAAGCAUUCCUGUCGAACAGUGAAGAUAAAUGGAUAGGUGUUAUUCGAAGAGUGUUUCUAAUGUUCCUGUCAUUGAUAAUAGACGACAAAACCGUUGACGAUGAGAAGGAAGACGAGAAGAUUGUCGCUCUCGAUGAAGGAGAUAUUCAGCUAUUGAAGACAUAUGGUCAAGGACCGUACGCAUCAGAACUCAAGAAAAUCGAGCAAGAUAUCAAAGAUACACAAAAACGAGUCAGUGAAAAGAUUGGUGUCAAGGAAUCCGACACUGGACUUGCCGCGCCAAAUCUAUGGGAUAUUCCUGCAGAUAAACAGAGAAUGCAAGAAGAGCAACCUUUGCAAGUUGCGCGUUGUACAAAAAUCAUACAGAGUACCGACGACGAGGCUUCGAAAUAUGUUAUUAAUGUAAAGCAGAUUGCCAAAUUCGUUGUUGAACUCGGAGAACGAGUAUCUCCUACUGACAUUGAGGAAGGCAUGCGAGUUGGCGUCGAUCGAACGAAAUAUCAGAUACAAAUUCCUCUACCACCAAAGAUUGAUCCAUCAGUCACCAUGAUGCAAGUAGAAGAAAAGCCAGAUGUCACAUACAAGGACGUUGGUGGUUGCAAAGAACAAAUCGAAAAGCUACGAGAAGUUGUUGAACUCCCACUCUUAUCACCCGAACGAUUCGUCAAUCUCGGUAUCGACCCACCAAAGGGAGUUUUGUUGUAUGGACCUCCCGGAACUGGUAAAACCCUGUGCGCUCGUGCUGUGGCUAAUCGAACUGAUGCAACUUUCAUUCGCGUUAUUGGCUCUGAACUCGUUCAAAAGUAUGUUGGUGAAGGUGCUCGUAUGGUUCGUGAACUGUUUGAAAUGGCCCGUACCAAGAAGGCGUGUAUUAUAUUCUUUGACGAAGUCGACGCUAUUGGAGGUGCUCGUUUCGACGAUGGAGCUGGUGGUGAUAAUGAAGUACAAAGAACCAUGUUGGAAUUGAUCAAUCAACUUGAUGGCUUCGACCCGCGUGGUAAUAUCAAGGUUCUUAUGGCAACAAAUCGUCCUGAUACUUUGGAUCCAGCAUUGUUGAGACCUGGUCGAUUAGAUCGUAAGGUUGAAUUCUCUCUCCCAGACCUUAAGGGCCGAGCUCAUAUUCUGAAGAUUCACUGCAAGAGCAUGAACGUUGAACGAGAUAUACGUUAUGAACUUUUGGCGCGACUUUGUCCUAACACAACUGGUGCAGAACUACGAAGUGUCUGCACGGAGGCUGGUAUGUUCGCUAUCCGCGCAAGGAGAAAGCUUGCUACCGAAAAGGAUUUCUUGGAGGCUGUAAACAAGGUUGUGAAAGGAUACCAGAAAUUCUCCAGUACGCCAAAGUACCUCAUUUGGAACUAGGUGGACGAGGAUGGUUGUUGGAUAUCAAUAAAAUACAUCACUGUAGAACUUGCAGUUUACACAUUGACAAAAUAUAAGAAAGUUGGAGAAAGA